CUGUAGGCAUAUUUUGGUAUCUGUUAGUGCAAGUGGCUGGCACCAACAUUGUCCACUUGGCUCCGUGGCUGUGAGCAAAGGCCAUGGAAGAUCCUGACACGAAGACUGAAGUGGUGCUGCUGGCCUGUGGGUCCUUCAAUCCCAUCACCAACAUGCACCUGAGGCUGUUUGAGCUGGCUAAAGACUACUUCCAUGAAACAGGAAAAUACAAAGUAAUCAAAGGCAUCAUUUCACCAGUGGGUGAUGCAUAUAAGAAGAAAGGUCUGAUCAGUGCGAAUCACCGAGUGACUAUGGCAAAACUGGCUACAAAAAACUCAGAUUGGGUGGAAGUUGAUGAUUGGGAAAGCUGCCAGAGCGAGUGGUUGGAAACACUCAAGGUUUUAAGGUAUCAUCAUCAAAAGCUUCUCUCUGCCGAUGUCACUAAUAGUCUGCAGGAUGAUGUACCCAUAACAAAGCUGGGACGGAAGAGAAGACAGGAACCAAACAGGCAUGAGCCCAUUAAAAAGAAAAAUCAGAGUCCAGUUGUAAAAAGUGUCCCACAGGUUAAACUGCUUUGUGGAAGUGACAUGCUGGAAUCUUUUGGAGUCCCCAAUCUGUGGAAGCUGGAGGACAUCACUGAAAUUGUGGAAAAACACGGCCUUGUGUGUAUCAGUAGGGCCGGAAACAAUGUUCAGAAAUUCAUCUACGAGUCGGAUAUUUUGUGGAGACAUAAGAAUAACAUUCACCUCGUGGAAGAAUGGAUCACAAAUGAUAUUUCCUCCACCAAGAUCCGCAGAGCCCUGCGGAGGGGCCAGAGCAUCCGUUACCUGGUGCCCGAGGUGGUGCGGGCGUACAUCGAGAGGAACGGGCUGUACAGCGCCGAGAGCGAGGCCCGCAACGCGGGGCUGCUCCUGGCCCCCUUGCAGAAACACGCCAGCGACCCCAGGAGCUCACAGCACUGAGCAGCUGACCCACUGCUGCUCUGAGAGAACUACAUUGCAUACAGGAAAGUGUGUUUUCUAGGGGCUGGCUGGGGCCUUUCCUUAGGGAAAGAGUGGGCUAAUUCCGUACAUCUGUAGUUAGCAAUGGGGCUUGGUGCACUCAGUGAUUGGAUGUACACAACUUUUUUCAAGUCCAGUAAUAAGAUUUUCACAUUUUAAUGUUUUGUCCCAGUGCACUGAAGGGAGUAUAAGAAUUCACAUCGGUACAUGAAAAUUGCAAAUUAUAACAAAUGAAAAUGUUCUGAUUGGUUUUAACUCAAACUGCUCUGCUGUUUAUAAAAUGAUAACACAAAUAUUUUUAAUAACUUACAGCGUCUUAACAAAGUUAUCUGGUUUCAAGAUGUACCAUUUACUUACAGUAAAUCUAUGUCAUUUUUUUUUUAAUUGUCAACAUGUGUCACCUCAAAAAAAUUAUUUGGCUCUAUCCUGGAAAGGUAGAAUUUCCUCCUGGCUGAAGUGGUGCUAGGUAUAGCAUGCUUUGAGCUGCUUGCCUUUGAGAUAUGCAGCUGCUUGUUUGUUGUCAUGCAAUUUGCUUCCAGAAAUGUCUUGUACUUUACUUUUCUAUUCAUGUUUCCAGGGCUGUAAUGUUAAGCUCAGAAUCGUUUCUGAUGGAAGGACAAACCUACCUCAGGAACUGGUUUAAAGCCAUUGAUUUAAUAGAUAGAAAUUAAUAAUAGUGUCACAGAUUCUGAGACACUUGUCCCUUUAUUACAAAUAACGCAUUGAUUUCAAAUAAUAAAGUUUCUUUUACUUUUGAGCCAUAAAUAGAAUAUAAUUAUAUUUAGCCAGAAUUGUUUUCUGUUAGUAGAGAGAAAAUUGUAGUAUAUCAAUACUGCUCCUAAGUGAAAUACUUUUCUUUUCUGGAAAUCUGGUUUUGAAUCUAACAGGGUAUUGUCUAUAUUAUGUGAACAUAAGCUAGAGAGGCACUGUGACUGUUGUGGUGAUAGAAUUCUAACUCCUUUUAUUUUAUUUGCUGCUAUCUCAUUUUUGUUUGGAUUAUGUGCCUUAUUAAGAAUGCCAAGGUUUGCAAGCCACUUCUCAUGAAUCAACAACUCUCUAGAGGUCUUUGUGUGAGGUUUAAGUACUGAUUUACAGAAAGAAGGACCACACCCCAGCCUAUCUGCAUAAUUUAAAUUAAAAUGUUAUAUCUGGACUUUGGCACAGGA